AUGACGACGCCUCCCACCGUACCUGUCCAACUCCUCGUCUUCGCCAAGCGAAAGGAGGACCUCACAAAACAAGAAUUUGACGACUACUGGCGGGGCCCUCACGCGAAGAAAUUUCUUGAAUUUGACAUCGUGAAGAAGCAUUGUACUAGAUAUGAACAGUACCAUGAUGACCCCACUGCACGAGCUGAUGGCGAGACCGCACUUGGACUGCCACAUUCGGGAUGGGAUGGAGUCGCUUCGUUGACAUUUGACUCCGCUGAAGGGGCUAAGGCGGUUUUCAGUGAUCCUGAAUUCCUCGAUUGGGCAACUAACGAUGAGCCGCGCUUCUGUGCUGGUCCAAAUAUCGCGCAGCGAAUGAUGCUCGUUGGCAACCCUGAGGUUAUCUAUAAAGCUUAG